GCGGGGUGCGAAGAUGGCGGACGAGGACGCCGAGCAGGACAGCGGGAGCAGUCUUGGAGCUGAGAGCGGCCUCCUGGACAUGCAGCAACUGAAGGAGCGGCUAUUAUCGCUGGAGAGGGCGCUGAAGGAGAGCGACGAGACAGGCGUAGAAGCGGCCACUGAGUACUGUCAGCAGCUCUGCCAGUCACUUCUUGAAUAUGCAGAAAAGUGGAAGACAUCUGAAGAUCCGUUGCCCUUACUGGAGGUGUACACAGAGGCCAUUCGCAGUUAUGUUAAAGCACGACCUUACCUUACCUCUGAGUGUGAAAAUGUAGCCUUUGUGCUUGAACGCUUAGCUCUAAGCUGUGCUGAACUUUUGCUCUGCCUGCCUUUUGAGCUGCCUGAAAAUCAGUGGAAAGAAUUUCAGUCCUUUAUACAGAUGGCUCAUUCAAAGUUGAUGGAGAAUGGCAGCUGUCAGUUACAUUGUUUAGUUCUUCUUGCCCAAGAGAAUGGGAUAUGGAACAAUCCAGUUCUUUGCAGUAUUCUUUCCCAAGAACCAGUGGAUCAAGAUAAAGUGAAUGAAUUUUUAGUUCAUGAAGGUCCUGUGCUACUGGAUAUGCGCAUUAAGCAUCUGAUGAAAUCAAAGCUGUUAACUCAAGCAACUAUCCUAGCAAAACUGUGCUCUGAUCACCCAGAAAUUGGUAUCAAAGGCAAUUUUAAACAAACUUUCCUGGUCUGUCUUUGCUCUGGAUCACCAAAUGAAAAACUUAUGCAAGAGAUUGCAGACAUAGAUUGCAAAGAUGCUUUAGAAAUGAUCUGUAAUCUAGAAUCUGAAGGAGAUGAAAAGAGUGCUCUGAUUUUAUGUGCAGCGUUCUUAUCUCGACAACUGCAGCAAGGAGAGAUGUACUGUGCAUGGGAACUGACUCUCUUUUGGAGCAAGCUACAGCAAAGGGUUGAGCCUUCGAUACAGAUAUAUCUGGAGAGAUGUCGUCAGUUGUCUGUGUUAACGAAGACAGUAUAUCACAUUUUCUUCCUAAUUAAAGUAAUCAAUUCAGAGAUUGAAGCUGCUGGACUUGCAACCUGCAUUGAACUAUGUGUGAAAGCAUUGCGCUUGGAAGCCAGUGAGAACACAGAAGUCAAGAUUUCCAUUUGCAAGACUAUAUCUUGCUUAUUGCCUGAUGAUUUGGAAGUUAAACGUGCUUGUCAACUGAGUGAAUUUCUUCUGGAGCCUACGGUGGAUGCAUACUAUGCUGUUGAAAUGUUGUAUAAUCAGCCUGACCAGAAAUAUGAUGAAGAAAACCUUCCAAUACCAAAUUCAUUACGUUGUGAGCUCUUACUUGUAUUAAAAACACAGUGGCCUUUUGACCCAGAAUUUUGGGACUGGAAAAUGCUAAAGCGUCAAUGUCUUGCUUUGAUGGGAGAGGAGGCAUCAAUUGUAUCUUCAAUAGAUGAGCUGAAUGACAAUGAAAUGCAUGAAAAGGCAGAAGAGUGCCAAGAAGAGAACAAAGAAACUUCAGUGAAUGGACUUCCUGGAUGCUUUGAUGAAGCUACAAAUUUACUUCGAGGGAUUAGAGAUAAAAAGCAGAAAAACAGAGAAAUAAAAAAGUUGAGAGAGCGAGGAUUCAUAUCAGCUAGGUUCAGGAACUGGCAAGCCUACAUGCAAUAUUGUGUAUUGUGUGACAAGGAGUUCCUUGGACAUAGGAUAGUUAGGCAUGCACAGAAACACUAUAAAGAUGGAAUUUACAGUUGUCCCAUAUGUGCACAAAACUUUAAUUCUAAGGAAACCUUUGUUCCUCAUGUAACACUGCAUGUUAAGAAAUCCAGUAAAGAGAGACUGGCUGCCAUGAAACCUUUAAGAAAACUAGGAAGGCCACCUAAAACAGCAACUGCAGGUGUGACUAAGAAGAAAAAUACUGUAGUUAAGCAGGAACAACGGCAUAUAAAAAAGAACAGUCUUUAUGCAGCAGACUUCAUUGUUUUCAAUGAUAAUGAUGGCUCUGAUGAUGAAAGCUAUGAAAAAGACAAACCUUACAUUCCAGAGAUGAUACCAGUUCAAAAGCCAAUGCCUGUAAAUGAAUUUACCUGUCCAGUUACUUUGUGUAAAAAAGGUUUUAAAUACUUUAAAAAUUUAAUUGCACAUGCAAAAGGUCAUAAAGACAAUGAAGAAGCUAAGCGCUUUCUUGAAAUGCAGAGCAAAAAAGUAAUUUGCCAGUACUGUAGACGACACUUUGUAAGUGUUACCCACCUCAAUGACCACUUACAAAUGCACUGUGGCAGCAAACCUUAUAUUUGUAUACAAAUGAAAUGUAAGGCUAGCUUUAACAGUUACGCUGAACUACUGAGUCAUAGAAAAGAGCACCCAGUCUUUAGGGCAAAGUGCAUGUUCCCUAAAUGUGGGAGAGUGUUUUCUGAAGCAUAUUUGCUUUAUGAUCAUGAAGCACAGCAUUAUAAUACCUACACCUGCAGAUUUACAGGUUGUGGAAAAGUUUACCGUUCUCAAAAUGAAUUAGAAAAACAUAUUGAAGAUCACACCAAACAGUCUGAAAAAAUACUGCAGCCUGAUGGUGAGGCUAAUUGUUCUCAAUCUUUAGAAGAUAAUGAAGCUUUUGAGGAGAUAAAUCUGAAAGAGGAAUUGGUGUUGCCAUCAGAAAAUAACACAAAUAACUAUGUCAAAGCUGAAAAUUAUAUCACAGAGCAGGUCAAAGAUGAAUGGCUCAAAAUCGAGAAGAUAGAAGUCUCUGCUAGUAUAUUGGAACAGAGUAAUUCACUCUCCACUGCAGGUCUGGAACAACCUUUGCUAACUCCAGCAAAGUCAGAAUUGGUCGUUCCAGCCAGCAAUGUUUUGAUGCCUCUUCUGGGUCAGAAAAUUAGAGAAAAUAUGGCAAGAAAGGGCAAAUUACUUGCUUUAAGCACUAAAAUAGAUACGGCUACACCUGCAGCCCAACAGUUGUGUUCAGCAGUUGAAGAUAACUGCAAUGAUCUUCCAGUUUUUCAGGACGAAAAAGAGGAUGACCCUAUUAGCCAGUCCCAGACUAUUUCCAUGAAUUCAGUUACAACAACUUCAGCUCCAAGUUUAACAAAAAGCCCAGAAAAACAGUUAAGUCAAGUGCCUUUCAAUAUACAGACUGAAGUAGAGUAUCAAAAUUUACUUACUUCAAAACCUCAAGUUGAAGAGAGCGCUAAGACUACUACUAAUCUCUGUAAUCUGCCUCUGAAGACUUUAGAAGGGAUUACAGUUACUCCACCCCAGCCUAAUUUAGGCAUACCUUUUGUUCCAGUCAUCCCAUUGGCAGCUCCUGUCCAGAAGUUUCCUUGCCAGGUUGAAGGAUGUACACGAACCUACAAUUCUGUACAGAGUAUUGGCAAACAUAUGAAGACAGCACAUCCUGAUCAGUAUGCUAUAUUUAAGAUGCAGCGCAAGAAUAAGAAAAGUCGAAAAACAAGCAAUUUGCAAAGCUUGCCAAAUGAUAGCAAAAUAGUUUAUUUUUUGCCAUCACAAGUGGCCUCUCCCACUAGUGAGGCUUUUCCAAGGCAAGCCAAAAUCAGUUUAAACCCCUCAUGUACGAGCCAGUUGCAGCAGCUCUCUAAUGCUCUUUUCCCAACACGCCUGGAAAGUAUGACUGAUUCAAUAUUGCCUACUGUGGAAAGUAUAAACACAGGUCUGUCUCAUACUAAAAGUGAACCAGUGACUGCAUUAGGCUCCCAAAUUGAACAUUUGUCCAGUGCAACUUUAUCUUCACAACUGGAUGAUCUGGAAAAGCCAGUUAUGCCUUUGAACAUUGACAGUGGUUCAGAUCCUUUCCUCCCUUUGCCUGCAGAAAAUGGCCCAAUUUCUCUCUUUCCUUCACCAACAGACAAUGGUCCAAGUUCUGUCUUUUCACAAAUGGAAAGUACCAAUCAUUUUGCUUCCCAACUAGAAGGAAACACUAAUUCUGCUUUCUCAAAAGAAGAAAGUGUUGACUCGUUGUUUCCCUCUCAAGUGAAUAAUGAUAACUUCAGUGAAGUCACUCCACAGUCUCCGCUAUCAGCAAAGGCAAAAAAGGAUCGUAAACGAGGUACAGAUGGGAAAGAGAGAAAACCAAAGCAUAAUAAACGGGCAAAAUGGCCAGCGAUUAUCCGGGAUGGUAAAUUUAUUUGUAGUAGAUGUUACAGGGUUUUUUCUAAUCCCAGAUCCCUUGGUGGUCACUUGUCUAAAAGGUCAUACUGUAAACCUCUAGAUGAAUCUGAGAUUUCUCCAGAAGCUCUACAGCUUAAUGGACAAUCCUCUCUAUUUGCCAGUAUGAUUCUUUCUUCAAAUGCUUUAAAUUUACAGCAGCAGCAUGAAUCAACAUUUAAUCCCGAAAUAUGUUUUAAAGAGCCAUCAUUCCUGCAGCUGCUUGCAACUGAGAAUCGGUCUGCUGCUUUUUUACAGAACUUGUUUCCACGGACCAGUAUGACUAAUUUCAAUACAAAUGAGAAUGAGGAAGGAAAUGAAAUUAUAAAGCAGGCCUUGGAAACUGCAGGUAUUCCAAGUACAUUUGAUUCUACGGAAAUCCUGCCACACAUAGUUACUACAAGUUGCGUCUCUGGUACUAGUCAAAUAAAUGCAACUGUUUUGCCCAAUCCAGGAGUGUCACCUCUGUUACAAGCUAUGUGCAGCCCUGGUACCUUGCUAACAGACCAAAAUAGAAUACUUAACACCAAAAUUUCCUCCAUAGAUGAAUGCAGCAGUUUACCUGUAUUUCCAGAUGAGUUAAUACUAAGGACAAUUGAAAAUGGUUUAUGCCCCAGCUUGGUUUCUAAUUCUCCUGCCUCAUCACAUAACUUCGGAAAUAACACUUCACGAGCUUCAGUCAUAAGUAGCAUUAAAAAUUCAGAAUCUUGUAAUUUGAAUAAAAAAGGGGUCAGUGGUUCAAAGAAAAAGAAGAAAGCAGUUGCUUCUUUAGUUGUGCCGAACAUUUCCCAGAAAUUAAUAGUUAAUGAUUUAACAGCAUUGGGGCUUUUAGCUAAAAACAUUGAAGGAAGUGUGCAAGCAUCCACAGAGAACUUUCAGUCAAGUGUAUUGACAAACUGUGAAUCUCCAGUGUUAAUGGAAAGUCUUACACAGAAACUAAGUAAUGUAGUCAAUGAAGUAACAGCAGAUGUCAAAGAGAAUACCGAAACCACUGAAGAAAAUCAUGCAGAAAUUUCUCCUGCAUUAGUGAAAAGUGAAAAUGCUGAUUCACAGUUCAAUCUAGGUUCUUGCACUCAAGGAAACUCUGAAUUAGGUAUCUCAGAGGUUAAUGUUAUUCAGAAUUAUGAGAAGACACUUGAAAUGAUUAAAACAGCUAUGAACUCCCAGUUGGUUGAAGUAAAAACUGAAAUCCAAGAGGUGUCAAUUGAGUCACUGCAGAAAGCCCAAAUGAAUGUUGCUGAAUCUUCUUCAGAAAACUCAUCACAAAAUGUUAAGUCAUCCAACCCUACUCAAGUUGUCAUACACACACUGAAUGUCACUGCUAGCAAAAUGAACCCUUCUCAGUCUGAAAGCUCUCACAAAGAUGAUACUCAGAUUAUGGAAAUUUUAGAAGGUUUGAAAAAGUUGAAAUUAGAAAAUGAAAUGCCUAGUCAAACAUUAGACAGUGUUAUUCAUUGUCUUCCAGGAGAUGCACUGCUGCCACAGAUUCUUGUUCCUGUUGUAGCAUCUGAGAACAAACCUCUUGCACAGCCAUCUUCAGAAGCACCCACUCAGUUCAUUGAAAAAGUCCAUAAGCCUUUUAUGUGCCAGGCAUCAGGGUGCAAUUACAGUGCUAUGACAAAGGAUGCGUUAUUUAAACACUACAGCAAAAUACAUCAAUAUACUGCUGAAAUGAUACUAGAAAUCAAGAAACACCAGUUAAAGUAUGCUCCCUUUAAAUGUGUUGUAGCUACCUGUCCAAAAACGUUUACAAGGAAUUCUAAUCUCCGGGCUCAUUGUCAGCUGGUGCAUCACUUUACAACAGAGGAAAUGGUAAAAUUGAAAUUAAAAAGUCAGUUGACUGAAGAUGAAAUAAAGAAAGAAAUUUGUAUAGGAUCUGUGAAAAUUCCAGGAAGAUUGAGAGCAGAAAGGACUACUUGUGUUCCUGAAAAAUUAGAGAAGCCUCCUCAAAUAGUCCCAGUUCCACUUGAACUUCAUAGUGUAGUCUCACUUAGUAAUGUGCAGGUGCAACCAAAAGUCCGUAAGAUCCGAAAACACAGGAAAGAAAAAGAAGAAAGAAAAUACAAAAAACCAGUUCGGAAAUCUCUGGAAUUUCCAACUAGUUAUAGUCCCUAUAGACCAUAUAGAUGUGUGCAUCAAGGUUGUUUUGCAGCUUUUACAAUACAACAGAAUUUAAUUCUUCAUUAUCAAGCAGUGCAUAAAUCUGAUCUGCCAUCAUUCUCUGUAGAGGCAGAAGAAGAAAGCGAGCCAAGUAAAGAGGAUGACUGUACUAAAGAAGAAGAUUGUGAUGAAACUGAAACUAGUUUAGCUGUUAAGGAAUUUAGAUGUGAGGUGAGAAAUUGCUCUAGAAUAUUUCAGGAAGUAACUAGUCUUAUUCAGCACUACAUGAAGCUUCAUGAAAUGGCCCCAGAGGAAAUUGCGAGCAUGAAGUCAGCCCUCGAUGUUGGAAGAUUCCCUUGUGAUCAGUCCGAAUGCAAAUCAUCAUUUACAACAUAUAUUAAUUAUAUUAUUCAUCUUGAGACAGAUCAUGGAAUAAAGAUCAAGCAAACCAAAACAGAGGAUGGCAUGUACAAGUGUGAUUGUGAAGGUUGUGACCGCAUUUAUGCAACAAGAUCUAAUCUCUUAAGGCACAUUUUUAAUAAGCAUAAUGACAGGCAUAAAGACCAUUUAAUAAGGCCAAGACGGUUCCUGACACCAGGUCAGGAAAAUAUUUCAAGCAAAGCUAACUUGGAAAAAACUAUGAAAAUUAAACACAGAGGACUAAAAUAUAAUAAAGCAGGAAAAAAUAGAAACAAAAUUUCAAUUAGGACCAAGCGGAAGAGAACUAUUACUGUAGAAAAUAAAAACUCAAAGGUGGGACAGAUUGAUGAAAAUAAGACCUUUUCUUUGAAACGUGGAAAACAUGUGUAUUCAAUAAAGGCUAGAAAUGAUGCCUUAUCUGAAUGUACAAGCAGAUUUAUCACACAGUAUCCAUGUAUGAUAAAAGGUUGUUCAUCGGUUGUCACAAGUGAGAAUAAUAUAAUAAGACAUUAUAAAUGUCACAAGUUGUCUAAAGCAUUUACCUCAAAACACAAAAGUAUCCUAAUUGUCUCAAAUAAGCAUUCAUAUUCAUUGGAUAAAGAAGCAUCUUCACAAAAUGAAGUUAUUGAGGACAAAAAAAGUGAAAUAAAAGAAUUGCAGCCACAUUUGUCAGAGAACUGUGAGGAUUUAAGACCCUCUACUCCAGUAACACAGAAAGAGCCUGAAAAAGAUGAAAAGGAUGAAGUAGAUGAGCUCACAGAACUGUUCAUUACCAAACUUAUUAACGAGGACCUCACAAGUACAGAGAACCAAGCAAAGCCCUCUUCUGAUGUAAAUAGCAACUUACAAGAAACCAGCUCUUGCCCUUCAGAAAAGCAAAAUGUAAAUGGUAAUUUAAAAAGAGCAUGCAAAGAAAAAAAUUCCUCUCAAAACAAAAAAAGGAAAGUUGAGAAGCAGGAUGAAAUACCAGCUGUUGAACUGAGUGAUCUGCACAGAGAGGAGGAAACUGCAGUUGCAGUUCAGACUGCUGAAGAACAUCCUGCGGCUUUUGACUGGAGUUCAUUUAAGCCCAUGGGAUUUGAAGUAUCUUUUCUUAAGUUCCUUGAAGAGACUGCUGUGAAGCAUAAGAAAACUACAGAAAGAGGCUUUCAUAGCUGUGGAACCAGAAAAGGUUCUUACUCAAACUCACGAAAAUCUCAUGAAAAGAACUCUUUGGCCAAAAAACGGUCAUGUUCUGAAAGUGAAACCCAUGUACAGUUUGCUAACGCUUCACGAUUUAACUGUAGCGGUACUGUAAAAAUAGUUUUAGAUAAGACUUUUAAGGAUUGCACUGAGCUUGUGUUGAAGCAACUUCAGGAAAUGAAACCUAUUGUCAGUCUGACAAAACUUGAUGGACGCUGGGAGGCAAAUCCAGAGGUUAUAAAAUAAUCGGGUAGUAUGAGUGGACUUAUAGUACUGAUAAUUAGUGUGUAAACAUGACCUGUACUACACUUUUUAUUGCGUAGGAAGUCA